AUGCCGUCGGAGCGGGACCGUGAUUCCUGCCUCCCAGCUCCAUCCCAGUCUCCAUCCCACUGGGACUGGGAUUGUCCCACCACCCGCCAGCGCCUGGAGGAGCUUUACUUCCGCCCCCAGGAUUAUCUCCGAGCCCCUUCCCAGGAUGUCACCGACUUCUGGAGUUUCUUCCAGCGCCUCCGGGAUUUCCAGAGCCGGAAAAUCCCCCCGGAAUCCCCCCGGGAUGAGCCCGGAUCCGACUGUUCUCCCAACCCUCUGGGUUUACCUCAACGCUACGACCCCCGGUAUCGGAUCAACCUGUCGGUGCUGAGCUCUGCGGAAAGAACAUCCCGAGGCCGGAAUUCCGAGCUCCCCCGGGAGCGGCUGCGGGAAUUCCGCUCUGCCCUCCUGCACUACUUGGACUUCACCCAAAAACAAACCUUCUCCAAACUUCUCAAGCUGCAGCGGGAACGGGCGGCUCUUCCCAUCGCCCAGUUCCGGGAGAAGCUCCUGGAGCUGGUGGCUGGGAACCAGGUGGUGGUGGUGGCCGGAGACACGGGAUGUGGGAAAUCCACCCAGGUCCCCCAGUAUCUCCUGAGGGCUGGAUAUGGGCACGUGGCCUGUAGCCAACCCCGGCGCAUCGGCUGCAUCUCCCUGGCCAAGAGGGUGGGACUGGAGAGUCUGCACCAGUAUGGGAACCAGGUCGGUUACCAGAUCCGCUUCGAGAGUUCCCGCUCUCCUGCCACCAGGAUCCUCUUCCUCACCCAAGGGCUCCUCCUCCGGCAGCUCCAGCGGGAUCCAACGCUUCCCACCUACCAGGUCCUCAUCAUGGAUGAGGUCCACGAGCGCCACCUCCACGGGGAUGUCCUCCUUGGGGUCCUCAAGGGCCUCCUGCCCACCCGGCCCGACCUCAAGCUGGUGCUGAUGUCGGCCACCAUCAACAUCCAGCUGUUCUCCAGCUAUUUUGGGGGUGCUCCAGUCCUGCAGGUGCCUGGGAGGAUCUUCCCCAUCUCGGUCAUCUACCAGCCCAUCCCAAAGGAAGAAGCUCCUGUGGUGGGAAAACCAGAGCGCCUGGAUCCCCUCCCCUACCUCCGGGUCCUCCAAGCCAUUGACCACAAGUACCCCCCAGAAGAACGUGGGGACCUCCUGGUGUUCCUCAGUGGGGUGGCUGAGAUUGGGGCCGUGCUGGAGGCUGCCCAGACCUACGCCACCCACACCCAACGUUGGGUUGUCCUCCCCCUCCACAGCACCCUCUCGGUGACCGAGCAGGACAAGGUGUUUGAUGUGCCACCUCCUGGUGUCCGGAAGUGCAUCCUGGCCACCAACAUAGCUGAGACCUCGGUGACCAUCGACGGCGUCCGCUUCGUCCUGGAUUCCGGGAAGGUGAAGGAGAUGAGUUACGACCCUCAGGGGAAGCUCCAGAGGCUCCAGGAGUUCUGGAUCAGCCGGGCGAGCGCGGAGCAGCGGAAGGGCCGGGCGGGCAGGACCGGCCCCGGCGUCUGUUUCCGCCUCUACGCCGAGUCCGACUACGACUCCUUCACCCCUUACCCUGUUCCCGAGAUCCAACGAGUUGCUCUCGACUCCCUGGUCCUCCAGUUGAAGAGCAUGGGACUGGGAGACCCUCGGACCUUCCCCUUCCUGGAGCCUCCUCCCACCUCCAGCUUGGAGACUUCCAUCCUCUACCUGAAGGACCAAGGAGCUUUGGAUGAAUCCGAAGACUUGACCCCCAUUGGGAACCUUCUGGCCCAGCUUCCGGUGGAUGUGGUGGUGGGGAAGAUGUUGAUCCUGGGAGCUUUGUUUGACCUGGCUGAGCCCACCUUGAGCGUGGCGGCCAUCUUGAGCGUGGCCUCCCCGUUCCUGCGGCCCGCCCAUCCCAACCCGGACUGCGCCACGGCCCGGAGGCCCCUGGAGAGCCCCCAUGGAGACCCCCUCACCCUGCUCAACGUCUUCAACGAGUGGGUCCAGGUGAAGUCGGAGCGGAGCGGCAGUUCCCGGAAGUGGUGCCGGCGCCGGGGCCUGGAGGAACAUCGACUCUACGAAGCCGCCAACCUGCGGCGCCAGUUCCAGGAGCUCCUUCGAGACCACCAGCUGCUGGAGGAACCUUCCCCCCAGCCCAUGGACAGUUCCCGCCGGCAGAUCCGGCACCGGGAACGCCGGGAACUCCACCGGCUCUGGCGUUUCCACACGGAGACACAAGGUCGGAAGCGCAAAGUCCUGCGGCUCCAGGAUGGAGCUGAUGGUUCCUCUGGGGAGGAGGAGGAGGAUGGUGACAACCGUGGGAAGGGGGAACGUGACAUUGAUAUCCAGGAUGUCAAGUUCAAGCUCAGGCACAACGUUGAGGAGCUCCAGGCCGUGUCCAGCUCAACCCUCUCCUCUUCCCAACUUGCUCUGCUCAAGCUGGUCCUUUGCCGGGGUCUUUAUCCCCAACUGGCCAUUCCUGACCCGUUUAACAACGGCCGCAAGGAUUCCGACCAGAUCUUCCACACUAAAACCAAACAAGGUGUUGUCCUUCAUCCCACCUCUGUCUUCUCCACCAGCCCAGAGCUGCUCCAUACCAAGGAGGGACCAGAACGUGGUGGGACCAAAGGCCCCAAGGAUGGGUUGAGCUCCCACCACCAGCUCCUCGCCUUUGUCUCGCUGCUGGAGACCAACAAGCCCUACUUGGUGAACUGUGUCCGUGUCCCAGCUCUCCAGGUUCUCCUGCUCUUCUCCCGCUCCUUGGACACCAGCGCCGACUGUUCCCGCCUGGUGGCCGAUGGUUGGUUGGAGCUCGUCGUUCCCGACGCCGAAUCCGCCCUGGGGCUCCUCUCCAGAGCUCUGGAGCUUCGUUCCUCUUGGGAAAAACUUCUCCAUCAGCUGCUGGAAAGACGAGGAGAUGACUUGGAAUGUCGGCCGAGCUCCCGGGACGUCUCCACGCUCACCAGGAAGCUCCUGGAAUUCCUGAGGAUGGAGGUCCCGUAUCAGCUGCGCCAACUGACGGGCCUGGAGAGGCAGAAUCUCUACGUCGGUCCCCAGACGGUGGCGGCUGCUCCGCGGCUCCCGGGGCUCUUCCAGGGCUUGGAGAUGACACCCCACCCUCUCAAAGGUGGCUACAGGGUGGCCGAGUUCCUCACCUACAACUGCUUGGCUACGGACACGGAUCUUUACAGCGAUUGUCUCCGGAGCUUCUGGACGUGUCCCCACUGUGACCUUCACAUGCCCUUCACCCCCCUGGAGCGCAUGUCCCACCAAAGCACUUGCCAACCUCCUGAGGAUUCCUUGGAAGAAGCACCAGAAACCUCCACCAGAACCCCCCCCCUCCACCGCUCCUACCACUGCGACAUUUGCCAGCAGGAGUUUUCCUUCACCCCCACGGAAAUUCUUCGGCACAAGAAGCAGCACCGGUGA